UUCGUCCCGGCAGCAAUGGCGCCGUCGUCGUCCGACCAGCCGCCCUCGUCCCAUCGUCCAACAAAGUAUGGGAACACAAGAUGGACGCGCUGUUCCAAAAGUUCAUGGUCACAGGCAUGCAUCACGACGGGGACAUCAGGUCCUUCCUUCCCUUCUCUUUGUUUCUCAUCGUGUCUGUCCUGUGGGUAGUGUACACAAUCUGCCCAGCGACGACACGGAGGUAUCACUUUCAUCUCCAUCUGGCCACACCACAGAACAUCCUUCCUUCUCGUCAUCGCGCUCGAGUGCCAAGCGCACCCCCGUGUGCAACACUUGCAAAGGCCCCCACAUAACGAUCCUGUGCCCCUUGCUUCAACCUGCAUCGAGUGAUUCGAGUGAUUCCCAUUGCAGUCUCACCACGUCCGACUUGCAAUGUGCCAACUGCCAUCGCGCGCACGUUUUGACCGAGUGUCCACUUCUCCCUCCUUCAUCCUCGUCGUUCUCGUCCAAGAAAGCCAAGCGACUCGCAUGUGGCAACUGCCGAGGCGACCACAUGACGAUCGAGUGCCCGCAAAUGCCCCAGGCCUCCACCCCCAAAGCCGACAAAGCCGCGUUCGUUCGAAAGGUGUACACCAACUACCACAACGAGAACGCGUCCAACAGCACCCAUGCGUACCUGGGGGACGAAGUGUCGGUCCACGGCAUGGCGGCGUACCCCCGCGACACGGCAGCACCUGUCUCCGUGUACGAAAGCAUCAUCGAAGAAGAGUCUUCUUCACAUCCUGUCGACGACUUCUCGUCGCCGAUCCUGCCGCCCCUCGCCGCGACAUUGUCGGCGCGGCGCCCAGACGUGUGGAUCUUGUCAUCUCUCCAAGAACUCCCGACCGACCUGUCCAUGCAACGCAUGCGCAAGCGCGGCACCGCCUGCCGCCAGCAUUGCUGGGACCACGACAUGGAAACCUACGGGUACGUGUACUUGCGGUCGUCCACGUCGACGCAGGUACGAACAAUACACGAACGAUUAUUGUACCGUACAGUGUACGGUACACUUACAUGUACGUAAAGUGGGUCCGCCGGUACAUGGUGCUGUUUCGAAACACGUUGGUCGAGUACAGAGACGAAGAUGCACACCCGUCCGAUGGGGUUUGCCAACGUCAGCGAGGCGGAGAUGGCGCUCGAAGACGACGGCAUGCUGACCUUGGCCGUGACGGCGUCGGCGCUCCGGACACAGGAAUGGGCCGUGUCCUCGUGGAAGUUUGACGAUCCAACGGGUGAUGGACGACGGUGGCUGGACGCUCUGACGCGGGCGAGUCGAUUGCAAUGGACAGACUUUUACACGGAAGAUAUUGGGGUUGAGUUGGGCCAAGGGCGGUUCUCGGUCGUCAAGCGCGCGCGGCGAAAGGUGCCGUCGGCGUGUGUCGCGGAAUGCGCGUUGAAGAUCAUCGACAAGGCCGUGUUUUGGAAGUUGGUCGAGCAAGGGAUUGAGCGCAACGACACGCUGUUCCGUGAAGUGUUGACACAGACCGUGCUUACCAUGCGCAGCGACGUGAUGCACGAAUGCUUUGUCGUGCAAGUCAUCUCACUGUUUGAGACCCACGAUCAUUUGGUGAUCGAGAUGGAGCUCAUGCAUGGAGGAGACGUCUUCGAUCGGAUUGCAGACAAGGGUCCCAUGUCCGAGCAUGAAGCCGCCAUCUUCAUCUCGCAUCUCAUCCAAGGCAUUGACUUUUGCUUUAACAACGGCGUCGUCCAUCGUGAUGUCAAGCUGUCCAACUUGGCGCUGGACGAAGGCACGGAGAUUGGCGCGAGUCGGAGGUCGCCCGUGUUGAAGUUGGCCGACUUUGGGAUGGCGGCGUUCCUGCUCCCAAACGGCAUGCUCCGUGGACGGUGUGGAACUCCGGGGUAUGUGGCCCCCGAGAUCCUGUUGGCAGGAGUGAAUGAAGCGUACCCCCCGCACGUCGACAUGUUCUCCGCUGGGGUAGUGCUGUACACGCUCUUGUGUGGGUACGAGCCGUUCUUUGGGCGCAACGACAAGGAACUGAUCGCGUUGAACAAAGCUGUGGUGUACUCGUUCCACCCACAAGAAUGGGCUCACAUUUCUGACCAUGCAAAGGAAUUGAUUCAACUCAUGAUGCAACCCGACGCGAGGGGUCGAAUAACUGCGCAAGAAGCGCUGCGGCAUCCCUUUUUGAAGGACAUUCCCGUCGCGUCCUUCGCCGGUGCCAUGGCAUGCGCAAGGUUAUUCUAAUCAACUUUUUCACGGGAGCCGGUUCGAAUCCGGCAUCCGGAUAUUUUUUACCGCUCAGUAUUUUGUGCUUUGAAAGUUCACAGUCAAUAUAGACUCGAUCGAUCGACCAAACAAAUAAGUGUACAGUACUGUACCGUAAUGUAUACGGUCAUUUCUUACCC